AUGGCAAGUGUUAAUAAAGAAACAUUACAAACUCAAUUAGAACAUAUGCAAUUAAAAUACGUAGGAACAGGUCAUCCUGAUAUUUCAAAAUAUGAAUGGAUUUGUAAUCAACAACGUGAUAGUUAUGCUUCUUAUAUUGGUCAUCACUCAUUGAUGGCUUAUAUUGCUGUUGCUGAGAAUCAAAGUAUUGGAAGAACUAGAUACCAAUUUCUUGAAAGGAUGUGUGACCCAUGUGGUAAGCCACCACCUGAAAAAAAUGGUAUAGUUAUCACAGAGGAAGAUAUGAAAUCAUUUUGUAAUUGA